AAUAUUAAUGUCCAUAAAUUGGUUGUUGUCCUGGAUUUGACAUUUUAAUUGUCAGCAAAAAUGUCAUAACAAAAAUCGGCUGUUAAGCUACAAGCCGUAUCCUUCUUUCUUUCAUACAAAUACAAAAGGUUGUAAAUCAAAGUCGAUAAUUCCGCAAAUGCAAACUUCCAACUCACGAUGUUGUUCCUUAAUUCAAUAAAAAAAUUAAUUCGUACUCCUAACCGUUCUAUUUUCAAUUUACGUAAAAAGAAGGACUUUGGAAUAUGCAAUCCAGUCACUGUGGGCUAUGUCUCACCGGAAAGAGCAGUUCCCGAAUCCAUCCGGAAACCUCCCUAUUACUUCAAAUACAUGCCACCCGGCAAUACCAUCGGUGAGGUUGAAAUCAAAUCCAACGAACAAGUUCAUCGUCUUAGAGCCAGUUGCAGGUUAGCCGCCAAAAUCCUCCACUCUUGUGAGGACAUCGUCAAGAUAGGAAGCACAACAGACGACAUCGAUGCGUUCGUUCAUGACAAAAUCAUUGCCGCGAACGCCUAUCCAUCGCCCCUGCGUUAUGCUGGCUUUCCGAAAUCUGUGUGCACCUCGGUUAACAAUGUCGCCUGCCAUGGCAUCCCAGAUAACCGGCCGCUCAUGGACGGCGACAUCGUGAACGUUGACAUAACAACCUACUACAAUGGUUACCACGGCGAUUGCUCGAGGACAUUCAUGGUAGGGAACGUGGACGAAAGGGGUCGUUACUUAGUUUCAUGUACCGAGGAAUGCCUUAUGGAAUCGAUUAAACUCUGCAGCCCAGGGAUACCGUUUAAUGCGAUUGGAAAAUUCAUAAGCACUUUUGUGAAAAAGAAGAAGCUAGGGCUGAUUCCGGCGUUCAUUGGACAUGGCAUCGGAAGCUACUUCCAUGGGCCACCUGAGAUCCUUCAUUAUAAAAACAGCGUACCGGGGGUCAUGCAGCCAGGCAUGUCCUUCACAAUCGAACCGAUUCUAACUCUGGGUGGACCCGAUAUUGAAAUCCAGGAAGAUGGCUGGACCGCGAUUAGCGUGGAUGGGGCGAGAAGUGCUCAGUUCGAGCACACCGUUCUCAUUACCCAGACGGGAGUAGAGGUUCUGACCAAUGUAGUAGAUUAGAAAAAAAGCAAUAAAACUCUUGUGCAAAUGUAUUUUAUUAAAAACUUA